AUGGCCUGGCCGGCUGGCCCGCUCGCGCGUGCAUCUGCCGUUUGCCCUUGCCCGUUUCCCCCUUCCCCGCCGGCCCACCCGACCUUUAUUUCCGCGCGCCACGGCCAGCUCGCGGCGCACGACGAGCUCUGCUCCACCAGACCACGACGGCCCAGCCAGCUGGCCGCCAUGCCCGACACCGAAAGCGACCACCACCGCGGCGUCGCGGCCAUCGCCCGCCUGGAUCUUGUCGCACCUCCCGCUGCACCGGCCACCACCAGCAGCAGCUGUGCCACUGUCACUGCCACCGCCCGUGACGAGGACGAGGAGGACGGGUUCACCUUCGCCGCCGUCGCCGUCGCGGUCCCGCGCCUGCAGGCCGCCGACUGCGCCUUCCAAGAUGCCCGGAUCGGCGUCCCCGUGUACCCCGUAUUCGGCCGCCCACGAUGGGCGCCGCCGAAGGAGCAGCAGCAGCAGCAACAGGACGAGGAGGAGGAGGGCCCCGGCGCCGCUGGCACGGGCACCGUGCGGGUGCCGCUCGGGCGGCUCCUCGUGGAGGAGCCGUGGUGCGACUACGCCGACGCCGAGCUCGACGGUGUGCCGGCGGAGACCUACUGCCUGUGGUCCCCCGGUGUUUGGCCGCCGGCGCCAACAGGAUCGUCUCGGCGGGCGUCCCCCGCUCGCUGCCGGAGGAGCGGAUCCAGGGGCGGCGGCAAGUCGUCGUCGACGUCGUUCCUCCCAUGCAAGCAGGAUCUUGUCGAGCUGGUUGCAGGCGUCGUCACGUGCGGGCGGAGCUGCUACCUGUUCUGA